GAUUGUGAGCGUGGAGUUCAUGCGGAAAUACAUCAACUUUGCCAAGAUGCUCAAGCCCGUAUUGACCGAGGAGGCGGCUGCCUUCAUAGCCAAGUCCUACUCGGAGCUUCGCGGUCAGGAGCAGGUGAACUCCGAAGUUGCUCGGACUUGCCCCAUCACGGCCCGUACGCUGGAAACACUGAUCCGGCUCGCCACCGCGCACGCUAAGGCCCGGAUGUGCAAAACGAUUGAUGAGGUUGAUGCCAAAGCCGCUCUGGAUCUGGUGCAGUUCGCCUACUUCAAAAAGGUUCUGGAGAAAGAGAAGAAACGAAAGAAGCAGACCAACGAUGAUACAGACCAAGAAACGGAUGAUGAAGCCGAACAGGAAAUUGAACAAAGCCAGAAGAAGAGAAGGAAGACACGUUCUAGCGACCAGACCGCUACAGAAGGGGAAUCACAUGAUCCUUACGACUUCAGCGACACGGAAGAGAAAAUGCCCGAAGUUCAGGCACGGACUCCAAAAUCUCCUGAUCCGCCGCAAACUGGAGAGGCUAAAACAAAGUUGGCCGAACCUAGGCUGAAGGAAUUCAAGGCCGCCCUUCUGGAGGUGUUCCGCUCUGCUCAUGCGCAGUCGGUGGGCCUGAAGACCCCUGAUGACGUCCCUCAACCAGGACAGGCCCGCAGCCCCUUCUCGUCUUCUGAGGUGAAGAUGGCCCUUGAGCAGAUGCAAGACGACAACCAGAUCAUGGUGUCGGAUGACAUAAUUUUCCUAAUCUAAGCCGGGACUGAGGGGAAAGCAGAGACUCCCCCUCCCCACUUGAAUCUA